CGUGUUCUCUCCACUUGCGGCUAUCACUGUGGUUUACAGGAGUCCUAAAGCUUUAAAAAUGUUUUUGUAACCCUUUCCAUUUGUAAUGGGAUAAUAUUUUUUCUGUUUGUUAGCUACUGAUUAAACAAUGAAAUGAUUCGAGUGUAGGGACUGAAGCCAAUAAAUUGUGUCCCUCCAUUUUCAGUUCUGUUCCUAAGAUGGUGAGUAAUUUGUCAGAACGUAGCAUAGUCUGUCCCUACCCACGCAGUAGUAAGGUCUUCCUAGUAUCUGUAUGAAAAGCCACAAAAAAGAUUAAGUAAUAAAUCCACUGGAAAAAAAGAUUCAGUAUGGCGAUAACUGAGUGUGUCUUCCUGCGUCAUGUGAAGACGUUUUUCUCAACUGCAGCGCAAAUGAGUGAAAUAUUGAAUUGUCAUAAUCACACGAAAUAUUUUUUCAAAUUGAAUAACCAUGUAUGCGAUUGGGUGGCCCCUCUCCUGCCCGAAGAUAGCUGGGAUAGGCUCUAGCACUCCCGCAACCCUUGUGAGGAUAAGCAGCUCAGAAACUCGAUGGAUGGAUGGAUAACCAGUUAUUUUUCUGACACUUGUGGAAUAGAGUUAGGUGACGAGUAAGUAUAAAAUAUUUGCAAGAAAAAAAAUACGAAGUAGGGCGAUAUGCUUUUUUGUGUGAAUAACGUGGAAAUGCUGUGCCCAGACCACCCAAGAUAACCCUUACAAACAUUUGUACCGAUAGUUUAAAGUAUGUCAUAUAUACGUGGAUAGAAAUAUACGAAUAUUAAAAGUAAAAAAAACUACAAAUGUAAUUCCACUUUCACAAAAACGAUGCGAGCGUGACAUGUUCUUGGCCCGAAAUGAACGUUCGACGGCGCUGUCUUCCUGAAUUCAUCUCGGAUUUGCCUCCAUCUCCCACAAUGCACCCCACGUUUCAUUUCCGGUCCUGCGCCGUUUCUGGAGCGGAUUGGAACCCGGAGUCAGGAUUCGAUAAAUGAGGUGUCUUUUACGGAAAAGGUGUAGAGAAUGGCAGCUCAGACUCCAGAAGAGUUAAUCUGGUGUGAGGACUGUGGGCAGUACCAUGACUCCGAGUGCCCUGAAUUGGGACCCCUGGUGACCGUCCAGGACUCUUUUGUCCUCAGUCGUGCCCGUUCCUCCAUUCCAAACAGCCUGGAGAUCAGGCAUGUGACAGAAGGAGGCGAAGGAGUUUUUGUCCAGCAACAGCUGGUCAAAAGGACUCGUUUUGGGCCAUUCGAGGCCAAGCGGGUCCCUGUUUUGGCCAAAGAAGGAGUGUUUCCCUUAAAGAUCUUCCAGAAGGACGGCAUAGUAGUGUGUUUAGACUGCAGUAGUGAAGAUGACUGCAACUGGAUGAUGCUGGUGCGACCUGCCACAGAUCACCAACACCAGAAUCUGACCGCUUACCAGCAGGAUGAUGAGGUUUUCUUCAAUACAUCCCAGGAUGUGCUGCCAGGAACGGAGCUGAGGGUCUGGUAUGGAGCUUUUUAUGCUAAAAAGAUGGAGAAGCCCAUGCUCAAGCUUCAAGUUGAGCCGCUGCCACCACUAGAGACUACUGAGAAAACCAGCUCCUCUCCACCCAAUUUGGCAAAUGACAAAAAAGCAGGUGCUGUAAUUAAAACAAUGGCCUCUGCCGAGCUUCCAGACUCACUACCAUCACAGCAGGAGUGCACAGUCAAGCCCGGUGAAGAGCUUCCUUUCCCGGUUGCUCGGCCUGCUAUGAAGAAGGGACUCCCUCGUGGAAGGAGAGUUAAGGGCCGUAGGCCUCGACCUGUCACCUCUGCAAGCAGAAACAGAGAUGUGAAGCCACCUGUAGCGAGCACAGAGCCACUCACAACAGACUUAGCAGUUGCUCCAGAGAGAUGUCGUCAUCUUGGGGCUUCAGACGUCGGAGGUUUGCACAAGAGACACAAAGGCAGAGAGCACAAAAGGGUGUAUCGCUGCUCCCUGUGUAACAAGGUCUUUCAGAACAGCAGUAACCUGAACCGACAUAUCCGAUCCCACGGUGAUAAGCUGUUUAAGUGUGAUGACUGUGACAAGUUGUUUAGUCGUAAGGAGAGUCUGAAGCAGCACAUCUCCUACAAGCACAGCAAGAAUGUGCCGGACCUGGAAUACAAAUAUAAAUGCAACACUUGUGAAAAAUCUUUCCGUCUGGAAAAUGCCUUAAAAUUUCACAACUGCAGGACAGACGACAAGACAUUCCAGUGUGAUAUUUGCUCCCGCUUCUUUUCGACUAACAGCAACCUGUCCAAGCACAAGAAGAAGCAUGGAGAAAAGCUCUACUCCUGUGAAAUCUGCAAUAAGAUGUUUUACCGCAAGGAUGUUAUGCAGGAGCACCACAGGAGGCAUGGUGUUGGACCAAAACACAUGAAGAGAGAAGAGUUGGACACCAAUGGGGAAGAAGCCACAAAGUACAGAAAGGAGCCAUCACCAUGUCCCAUUUGUGGCAAGGUGUUCUCCUGCCGCAGUAACAUGAACAAACAUCUGCUAACUCAUGGCGAUAAGAAAUACACCUGUGAGAUUUGUGGCCGCAAAUUCUUCAGAGUGGACGUGCUUCGUGAUCACAUUCAUGUUCACUUCAAGGAUAUAGCCUUAAUGGAUGAGCAGAAGAGGGAGGACUUUGUAAAGAAGAUCGGCAUUUCAUCAGGUGAUAGUGACGAAAAGGACGAUGAAGAUGAUGAUGACCCUGAGCACCACAAGUACAACUGCAAGAAAUGUCAGAUGUCGUUUGCAAAGGGCCGAGAAUAUCUGAAGCACAUCACAGAGCAGCACAAAGAGCGAGGCUACGGCUGUGCGAUCUGCAACCGUCGCUUUGCACUCAAGGCCACGUACAAUGCCCACCUGGUCAUCCACAGAGAACAGCUACCUGACCCUGCUGUACAGAAGUAUAUUCAUCCCUGUGAAAUAUGUGGCAGAAUCUUCAAUAGUAUUGGUAACCUGGAGAGGCACAAGAUCAUUCACACUGGGGUGAAGAGCCACAGCUGUGACAAGUGUGGCAAAUCCUUUGCAAGGAAGGACAUGCUGAAAGAGCACCUGAGGGUCCACGACGACAUCCGAGACUUCCUGUGUGCAGAGUGCGGGAAAGGCAUGAAGACAAAGCAUGCGCUCAGGCACCACAUGAAGUUACACAAGGGCAUCAAAGAGUACGAAUGUAAGGAGUGUAACCGCAAGUUUGCCCAGAAAGUCAACAUGCUCAAACACUAUAAAAGACAUACAGGUAUAAAGGACUUCAUGUGUGAGCUCUGCGGCAAGACGUUCAGUGAAAGAACGACUCUAGAGACACACAAACUUAUUCAUACAGUGGGAAAGACAUGGACUUGCGCGACCUGCGAUAAGAAGUAUCUGACAGAGUACAUGCUGCAAAAGCAUGUACACCUGACCCACGAGAAGGUGGAGGCUCAGUCGUGUCACCUCUGCGGCACCAAGGUUUCCACACGUGCCUCAAUGAAUCGGCACCUGCGGCGCAAACACCCUGAGGUGGUGCCUGUGAGAAUCGAUGAUUUUGAUGAACUUCAGGAAUCCCAGACAAUCAAUGACUCGUCUAUCAGCAUCCCGCAGCCAAGCCUGACACUGGAAAAAGAGAGCACAUCUCAGGAGAGGACCAACCGACCUACUCGCCAGGCGAAGAAGAAGUUCAGAGUCACAUCCGAGCCAGAACUUUCUGAAUCAGAUGACUACGUUGAUUUCCCAGAGCCCAGACACGAAUCUCUGCCAGAAUUUAACACUGUAGUUGUUGGUGAGGAGACAGAAACAAGUUCUGCAGUCCAGAGUAUCCAGCAGGUGGUGGUUCUCACUGACCCCAACGCCCCAUCCACAUCCUCCACCAACAACUCAGUAGGGCUGAGCAACAUCACGGUCACGCCCAUCACCGGCUCAACCCCCGCCCAGUUCACCAGCCUGCAGCCCGUAGCUGUCGGGCACCUGACAGCCAGCGACCGGGCCCUCUCACUGGACAAUUCAAUCCUCACGGUUACCUUCGACACAGUCAGCGGCUCGGCCAUGCUCCACAACAGGCCCGCCGACCUCGUCCCGGAAACAGUCGGUCCGGCGGGAGGAUCGUCGUCCCAGUCGGUCGCACACUUCAUCAAUCUUGCUACUCUUGUCAACCCCAUGAGCCAGCAGCUCGAAGCCCAGACUCUAGCCUGGAGGCCAGUCCAGACGACCGAAGGCAGCCAGGUCACCCCUGUGGGUGAAGGCGCCCAGGGGGAGGUUCACGAGGUCCAGAGUCCAGGGCCUGAGGGAGGGCGACCAAGCCAGAGUCAGCCGCCCACACCGCAGCAGCAAAGCGGCAGCGCACAGCAAAUGUUCGGCUACUAAUGAGGUGCUGGUCAUCUUACGCCCAAGCGUGUGCAGACACUAAUCAGGGCAGAUUUUAAUAACUCUGUAUAGAUUUUUGAUCAUUGUCACCCAGAUGCCUCUCAUUGCCAUGCAAGUGAUUUUUCUUUUAUUCUUAAAAAAAAAAAAAAAAAACUCUUACAAAAGUAAAUCAAAGUUUUUAAAAAAUCUAUAUCUAGUUUUUUAAAUUAUUCUUUUCAAUGCUUCACAAGCCUUUUAAAUGUGCAUUUUAUCACAAUGGAAUUACUUGAACAGUUUUUUGUGGUGUGUAUAUGGCUCAGUUGUGAAAUUAAUGAAUGCUUCGUCUGGGGCGGGGGGGAAACAUUCAUUUGUCUUCACGUCUAAAAGAAAAACAAAGAUGUAAAGCCCUUUUUUUUUUUAAACUGUUAUUGGAUUUAUUAUUUUUAAGUCUUUCAUCAUUACGUACUUGUAAUGAGUCGCAGUAGGUGAUGGACCAAAUCAUAAAUGAGUUACGUCACUAUGUACAGUACGUUGACUCAAUAAAUUAAAGCAACGUUCCUUGAAAGGUGGGCGCCCUUGUGCGGAUGUCCAUAUAAGGCCUUCUGGCUUUUUAUCCCGGGAUGCAUUGCGUCAAUUGUAUCAGAACUAACGCCACUGAAUACGCAAUAUUUAGCUAAUUGUUUCUCAAUUUGUAUUUUUUUUUUUUUUUUUUUUGGGGGGGGUGGCUUUAUUUUUGGUAGAACGUCCCCUCCCUCGGACGACAUACAAUGUACGUAAAUAUAGUCGACAAGGUUGAUUUUUACCGGACGUUUCAUGAGUUCUGUCUACCUUUAGCGGGGACACUGCUCAUGGAGGUAGCCAUUCCAAAACAAUCCUAAGUCUAAAAUAAGAUGAGUGUUUUUAAUUUGUUUCUAUUGUAUUAAUUAACGAUAAACUUCUUUUUUGCCCAUC